GAGAGAGAGAGCGCGCGCAUCAAAUCGCGUUAUGUGCUUUUUAUUGCUUUGACUUUGCCGUCGGCAGGACGACACCACACCAACACCAAACGAGAGGAGAGAGUGGGCGAGCGAGACAGAGACAGAAUCAGAGUCAGAGCUAGAGCGAGGACAAGAGAGCAGGCGCGCUCUUGUUGGAUAAAAUUACCGUUGGCCGUUUGUCGUCUGCCGUUUGUCGUUUGCCGUUAUCGUGCUUAGCGUCGCCAUAUUUGACUCUGGCACGCGGGCCACAGGACUCGUCCGUCAUACAUCCUGCCGUCUCCCACAUCACUCUCUCUGGCUGUUGCUGUUGCUGCUGAUGCUUUUUGUUUUCGCCUUAAUUUACUUUGAAUUCAUAAAUCAAAUAUUUGCAUUACGAAAUUGACGUCUUGAACGCGCGGUCGCAAAAAGUAUAUUCUCGCUGCUGGCUGGCUGCAGCACUACCAUUACCAGCUCCUUGAAGGACUCCUCCUCCGUGCACGGAAGCGAGCGUCUCUGUGUGGCAGUAGUGUGAGCGAGCGUCUCACAAACACACACACCCACAGUGUGGCACAGUGUGUUCGAGUGUGGGAGAUAAUCCCUAAAACAAACAAGAAUCUGACCUGUAGCCGAUACGCUGGCUGGGUGAUACGUAGAGCAACGUUGCCCCUAAAAAACAGACUCUUUGAAGUGCCAAAGAAAUUCUCAAAUCCCAUUUCAAUAUUAACACAAGCUCAAGACAUCAAAAAAGGGAUAUUAAUUGCUUCGGGUAAACAUUUCGAGGAGCAUCAGCAUCUGGCAAAUAAAACGAACAUCUUUCCGUCCGCCGAUUGGCGAAAGUUCAUCCUUGUUCUGAGAGUCCGCGUGGCAUGCAACCGUGUAGUCCAGCGGGUGUUAUUGCAAUGAUGCCGCCAUCGAAGAGUCCCGUCAUGGAGAGCGCCGCCUCGGAACAAUCCACCGCCGGCGGUGGCAGCCACAGCCACAGCAACAGCAACAGCAACACAAAUAAUGGCAGCAGCAGCAGCGAGGCCAAGCGAUCGUGUCCGCUGAAGUUCUCCAUUGCCAAGAUCAUGGAGCCCGAUCACAAGCCACACCAAGCGGUGGCUGUGCCACCAUCCAUGCAGCCAUCCAUGCAGCCGUCAUCCAUCCAGGUCGAUGAGGAGGAGGAGGAUGCCGACAUUGAUGCCGAUUCGGAGCGAUCCUGCAGCCCCAUUGAGGUGAUCAGCCUGGAGCAGACACCGCACGCGGCGGCGGCAGCUGCCAUCAACUAUGACUCCGCCUUCAAGAAGUACGUGCCCGGCUCGGCGGGCGCCAUCUCCUCCUCGGUAUCGCCCUCCGCCUCGGCGGUGCAGCAGUUCGUCAGCUCCCGCCACCAGGAGCUGCUCUCCCAGUAUCCCCUGCUCUACUACGCCCCCAAUCAGCUGAUGUGCGCCGCUGCAGCGGCCCAGUACGCGGCCCUCACGGCCCAGCAGCAGACGCUGGCCAGUGCCGCUCACCUGAGCAGCUUCACCGCCUCCCUGAACGCCAGCCUGCAUCACUCGCAGUCGCUGCGCCGCAAUCUGGGGCAUCCACUGGCCGCAGCGGCGGCUGUGGCCGCAGCAGCCCAGUCCCAGCAGGUGCCCACGAUGCAGCAGACCCUGGAGAAGUCCCCGGUGGGGCACAGAACGCCCCAUGCCAGCGGCUUGGCUGCACCCUCCCUGAAGAGGAAGCGCUCCCAGCCCGAGCAGGGCGAGACAACGCCACCACCAGCAGCAGCAGCAGCCGCAGGAGCAACCACACCCACGGCAGGAACCUCCUCCAGUGCAGGUGCACGCUCCAGAUCCGCCUCCCCACACGGCUCCAUCGAGGACAGCAGUCCGGGAUCGGCGAAUGGCGGCAAGCCGAAGACCUUCUCCUGCUUGGAGUGCGGCAAGGUGUUCAACGCCCACUACAAUCUGACGCGGCACAUGCCCGUGCACACGGGGGCACGCCCCUUUGUGUGCAAGGUGUGCGGCAAGGGAUUCCGGCAGGCGUCCACGCUGUGCCGCCACAAGAUCAUACACACGUCGGAGAAGCCGCACAAGUGCCAGACGUGCGGCAAGGCCUUCAAUCGCUCCUCCACGCUGAACACCCACGCGAGGAUCCACGCGGGCUACAAGCCCUUCGUGUGCGAGUACUGCGGCAAGGGGUUCCACCAGAAGGGCAACUACAAGAACCACAAGCUCACGCACAGCGGCGAGAAGGCGUACAAGUGCAGCAUCUGCAACAAGGCCUUCCACCAGAUCUACAACCUCACCUUCCACAUGCACACGCACAACGACAAGAAGCCCUACACGUGCCGCGUCUGCGCCAAGGGCUUCUGCCGCAACUUUGACCUGAAGAAGCACAUGCGCAAGCUGCACGAGAUCGGCGGGGAUCUGCUGGACGAUGAUCUGCCGCCGGCGUACGAGCGCCGCCGGGAGUACACACGCCGCGAGCCGCUCUCCAGCUACAGUCAGGCCAGUCAGCUGACGCCGGACUCCUCCGAGGGCAGCAUGUCGCCGCCCAUCAAUGUGACAACUCCACCGCUGUCCAGCGGAGAGACGAGCAAUCCCGCCUGGCCACGCUCCCAGUACCAGUCGCCAGUUGCGGGCUUCCAUCCGCUGGCCGUGCCGCCCUCCAGUUUGCAUGGCGAUUAUUCCGGGGGAUCGGCCUUUCUGCAGCUCGCACAUCCCGCAGCCCAGCAACAGCAGCACCAGCACCAGCAGCCGCCACAUCCACAGCACCAGCAGCAGCAGCAGCAGCAUCAGCAGCAAAGGCUGUCGGCCGCCGCACUGGAGAAUGUGCCCUUCAUAGCGAAAGUAUUCUGACAGCGAUACUAUGCGGACAGUCUGAAUUCGGCCUCAGCCACGGCUUCGAGCUGCACGAGCAGCUCCACGGCCACCACGAGUACGGCCACAUCGGCCACGUCGACGGCCAGGAGCGAUUUGCUCAUCGAUUGACUGCAGUUUGUGGCAGCGGCAGCGGCAGCCGCCACAGCAACAAACGCUGCAAGCACCACCACCCAGGAAGCAGGCGAAUCUACGCCCGGGGCUACGACAUCCCCCGGGCUAAGCUGCACGGCACUGAGCAGCGCUGUACAAGCCCUGAACGGACUCUUCUAGGAUGCAGAUCCAGAUCCAGACCCACCAGAGCGCCCCCCAAAAAGAACACAGCCAACGAAUGGUUUCAACUUGUGCAAUACUUGUCCCCCAAUCCCCCACUGUACCGCUCAGCACGCCCUCUAUGAUAACUUCUUCAUAUGUGUCCAAGUGUCUGUGUGUCUGUGUGCGUGAUUCUUAGUGUAUAUAGAGCCAUAUAUGUAUAGCCAUAUAAGAAUUGUUCCCCUUAAUACGAGAUAGAUGUUGCAUUCCCCUUAGAUUUACUCACCUUACACCUAAGCAUCGCUCUCUCUUAAUGUGUAGAUAUAUACAUAUAUAUAUAUAUACGAUUUAGAUAGUUCUGAAUGUCUCCCACUACCACUACCAAACACCACCCCACCACGCACUGAGUUCUGUGUAGAUCGGCUACACAGAUCCUCUGGAGUGCGCCAAUUGAUAGAUGUAGGAAAUGUUUUCG